UGCACUCCGGCAGGCGCAUCGCAUCCGCUCUUGGCCAGCAGCCCCGUCGACUAGAGUCGGUCGACGUCCACCGGCGGCAUACAUGGCGGCGAGCAAGGGCGCGAGGAAGAGCCUGGUGUCGAGGACGCUGGAGCGGUGCCGGUCCGGGCUGAACAGCGGCGGCCGGUCGUCGGCGGCGGUCGCGCCGGGGUGCUUCUCGGUGUACGUGGGCCCGGAGCGGGAGCGGUUCGUGGUGCGCGCCGACCGCGCCAACCACCCGCUCUUCCGCCGCCUCCUCGACGACGCCGAGCAGGAGUACGGCUACGCGGCGCAGGGCCCCCUCGCGCUGCCCUGCUCCGUCGACGCCUUCCUCGACGUGCUCUGGCACAUGGACCACGACGUCCACGACGACGACGAGGACGGCGAGGCCGCCGUGGCCCCCUGGACGCCCAUAUGCGGCCUGCAGCGCGGCGGCAGCGGGAAUAUCAAGGUACGGCCGGCGGGGUACCGGGUGCUCAGCCCGCCCAAGUCCACGCCGCCGUCCUUCUUCUUCUCGCAGACGGCGGCUGGCGGCAGGAGGUGAGCUCUAGGCGCGCAGCUGGCUAGCAGAAGCAGAAGCAGAACCGGAAAAGGAAUCUGUGCGCGCAUACGUACAAAGACCGAGCAGAUGCUUAAUUUGCAUAUACUUAGGCCUGGUAAUCCACCAGCUUCUGGAAUCUGUGGAGCUGGGAAACUGCAGCUCCCUUAAUUUGAA